AUGGCCAAUUCAGAAGACCCGGGGGGGUCACCCAAGCCACCUCCUCCGGUAGUUAAAUUCAACCGAAAUUUACCUGAUUGGUUCGGUCCCCAGAAUGAUUUUAUUAUUCUGCAACUGAGCCCAGUUGAAGGCAACAAUCUCCCAAAGAAUCCGUUUACCGUCAGUAAAUCUCUACAACUUGACGGUGGCGAUAUCGAGUUUGCUAAGACUGAAGCUAGAGGCACGAAAUAUGUCAUCAAAGUACGAGGCAGGAGAUUAGCUGAAAAACUAAUGAAGUUAGAGAAACUCAUUGAUGGUACACCAAUACUGAUAACCCCUCACCCACAAUUGAACUUUGUGCGCUGCGUUGUAUCCUGUCAAGAUGCUAUCGAACUUGAGGAGGAUGAACUGUUAGAGGAACUGAAGAAGGAAAACGUAACCAACGUUCGACGAAUCUCCAGAAAAAUCAACAACCAGUUAGUCAAAACCGCGACUCUAGUUUUGACAGUUGCUGGGACUGAAAAACCAGAUUAUAUCAAAUUUGGACUACUUCGCAUACCAACGAGGCCCUACUACCCUUCUCCAAUGCUCUGUUAUAAAUGCCUUAUGUACGGUCAUACCAAAGCCAGAUGCAGCGCUGAAAAGGAAGUUUGCAAAAACUGUUCGAAGGAACACGACGGAGAAUGCGGAAACCCUUCGUACUGCAGGCACUGCAAGAGUGGCCACUCUGCUGCAAACCGAAAAUGUCCACGGUACGAAAGGGAAGAAAACAUUUGCAGAAUGACAGUCGAGCUGAAAAUCAGCUUUCCAGAAGCGCAGCGGAUCUACGAAUCUAGACAAAAGCAACCUACAUACGCAGAAAUUAGUUCAACCCAACAACUUUCCCAAAAAGAAAUCAUCGAGAAGGACCUGCUGAUCCAAAAACUGCAGAACGAGAUCUCUGAGCUCAAGGCCACUUGUAGAACACUCCAAAACAAUUUCCAAAAGGCAAAAUCGUGGAUCCAGAGAUCUCAGAGCCAAGAAAGAAAUCAAAGCCAGGAUCGAAACCACAACAAGCCAUCCAACACCAUUAAAAUAGCCGUCCACCCUCCAAAAUCAACAGAAAUGAACCCGCCUACACCUUCAAAUGAGCACUCAAAACCUACCGAUCGUCAAAGUAGAUCCUUGGCACCAUCCCAAAUGCAAGUCGACCGAUCCAUAACACCUACAAAAAGGAUGCAAAGUGAAUCUUCCAUACGUACUUACCCCCCUGAGAAAUACGCAAAAACACACAUCGACGCGGAACACGAUGGCCCAACGGAUAUCGGACUAGAAACGGAAAUUUAUACCACGGAUUCCAGCCAGGACAUGUCCUCACAACACUAA